CCGGAAGUAAUGGCCUCAAAAAACAAACAAAAUGCUUAGAAAUUUACGCCCCGUUUCCUUUAAAUAAUAGCAAGGAUAUGUGAUCACUGAUUAAGGGUGGUAACUAAUGGAUCGUGCUUCAGGUAACAGGAAUGAAGCUCCGCCUCCAGUUCCACCCAGAACUUGGAUGGGACGCCCAGGUCAUACAAUGAGUUUGCCGUAUGGAACCACCCUAGAUGGAUAUCAGUCUGGUAGUAAUAUUGGAACAAGAAGUAGCCAGUCAAAUGUGGGCAAUGUUAGACCACAGUCUAUAUCAAUUCUGCCACACAGUACAGACACUACAGAUCCAAGACUGAUAUCAUUAUCCCCUCCUGGAAAUUCAUCGUCAUUUCAGGCACAAGGCUCCCAGGGGGCAUCAUUUUUCAGUGACCUUGAGGGACUUGACUUUACUGCUAGCAAAUCUGAGCCUAAUGAGGCAAAAACUGCAGAACCUAAUAUAGCUGGAGGUCCAAAAAUAUACCCAGACAUUAGAGCUGCAUUUAGGGAAUUGAACCAGCCUAAUAAUACCGGUUCUGAAUGGGGUAGCCGGCAGUUGCCUGGUUCCAAUAGAAAUUCAAUGCCUUCUCCUUAUGGCUGGGAUCAGUCACUAUCACAAAUGGCAGCUGGAGGCUUUGGUACAGGCUCAACAUCGGUUCCGACAACCCCUUUACCUGGGACUUACACACAGACAGGAGCAGGAAACCUUGUGGGAUAUAACUUAGGGAAUCAGUUCCCAGCCCAGAAUCCAAACUUUUAUGCAGGACUUCCUGGGAAUGCUUUCUCAAGCACUGCUGGUGCCAAUACAGGUCCAGUAAAUACAGCACAUUUAAACAGAACUGUAUCUGAUACUGCAAGUUCAGGAACAAUGUCAGAUGGCUUUAAUUUGGUGCCAAAUGUUGAUUUUGACGCAUGGUCAGAAUCGGACUUCUUUAAUCAGCAAGCAGCUGGAGGUAAUCAAAAUGAUCAGCAGGCUGCGGGGAGUGAAAAUUCUUUUAAAACACAUCGGAGAAACAACAGUGAUUUAAUACAGUUAGGUUUUGAGGGUGUGAUGACUUCAGAGGAGAAAGAGUACUUUUCUUUGGAAUAUUUUGACCCUCUGCACAAACGAGGACGGACUAUGUCGGUUUCAACACCGAGUUCGAUGGCUUCUUCUAAUUACUUUUUUGCAAAGCCUCCAGAGGAGGCAGUUGUUAGUAAGGAUAGAAAUGAUUGGGUUACAUUUGAUGACGGCGACUUUGAGUUUGGCAGGUCGGAUAAUACAGAUAUGCCUGAUGAAUUUAUUGGUGCUAAAACAGAUCAGAUACCAUCUAGACCAGACAUGUCAGUGGAUGAUAGCAAGGUGGGACAUGAGAAGUUGCGUAAGAAACUGUACAUAGACGAAGAAUCGGAUGCCUUCUGUCAGAUGGUUGCUGAGUUGAAAAAUGAGUACAAAUCUACAGAUGAGAGAACAAACCUGGGUUUUAUAGUCAGUCCAAUGUGCAAUAAACAGCAAGAACCAAUGUCUGUAAAGAUUGUUGUCCAUUCAGAGUACGCCACUGAACCUCUUUCAUUCACAAGUGAUGUACACAGUCUAGUGGAACAUGUCAUAAACCACAUCCUGUACAGCUGCCUGACUGGUUCCAUGCCCAGUUAUAUGCUAGAGUCUCUCAAAUCUGUGGAUUUCAUCCUUAAAGUCAAUGACAGAUCAGAAUACCUUCUCAAUGAGUAUCCACUUUCCAAGUAUAGCUACACACACGACUGUUUGAAGAUGGAUCAAGAUUUAUGUUUCCGCAUAAUGAGACGUCAGGAUGUUGCCUUGCCUUUCCUCAGAACAAUUGAUGAUGACAACCAGCAGUUAUAUUUCCCACAGGACCAUGUUAGAGAUACUGAAGUUACUAGGGAUUCAUUGGAAAUUUUGAUGGACACAUUUUAUAAGGAAGUGGAAAAAGUCACAGAUCUUGUUCUAAAGGAUGAGGUUGAACAUGUUCAGUUCCAGUCAUUGUCCCAGUCUGUAAAGGCAAUCUGUAACAUUCUGUCAAAGAUCGAGACUAUUGAUAUAGCAAAGUGUCUCAGCCGCGUAGAAAGCUUACUGAAACAGAUGAAAAAUUCCAUUCCGGCAAAAUCAUCAACUCUUGAGCACAAUGAUGGUGGAUAUGCAACUCUUCAAAGAGGGAGCAUGAAAGUGUCUCACAUUCCUCAGUUAGAAGAGGCCUUGGAGUCACUGGUUACUGCGACAAUAGCACUUGUCAGAAUUUAUUGUCAGGCAUUCCAUACAGACUUCCAUCUUGGCAAGAAAAUAGACCAACCAUGGGACAUAAGAAAAGAUGGGAAAAUUUAUAAGUAUCCACAAGAUGUAACGGGUUCUGGUGAAAAUUUUAUUGUACAGAUCUGUACAGUACACAGAAUACCUCCAGACUGGGGAAGCAGAUUUGACGAGUAUAAAAUGGAGACAGAAUUAUACCAUGGGAAGAGAAAAUUAGGUGUUAUGUCUUGUUCAACGUGUGCCUCAGUCCAUUCCUCUGGUCUUGUACCCCUUAUAGUCUGGGACGAAUGGUUAACACAUGAUAUACAGCUGUGCCUGUUGCCAAGAGAGACUAGACUAUGUAUCACUCUUGUUGGUGUGAAAAAUCUCCAGACUGGUUCUGGUACUGCAGCAGAAUCUCAGAGAGAGACCACAGCUCUUGGUGGGGUAACCAUUCAGCUCUUCAACAGGAGAGGGUACCUGUUACAAGGCAGUCAGCUUGUGCCACUACAGAUGAACUUCGCAGCUGAUCCUGUUACACCAUUCUGUUCAACAUUACAGCCAGAUUCAGCUCUCCUACAGUUUAAUUUACCAGACUUUGGAAAGCAGAUUGUAUUCUCGGAACCUUUGAAUAUGUCAGACUUUAAGAAGAAAACAUUCAUGGAUUUGGCACCAGAAGUACGGGAAGAAAUCCAGGAAGUGAUGAAGAAAGAUUGUGUCACAUCAUGUACAGGAGAUCAGUUAGAGAUCUUAUGGAAUUAUCGUCAAAAUCUUCAUGACUACCCGGGCUUGUUGCCAUGGAUACUACAGGCAGCCCCAGGCUGGGACUGGGCGUGUCUUCCAGAAAUAUAUGCCCAGAUUAAACAAUGGUCUACAUUACAACCCAUGCAGUCAUUAGAGCUUCUCCUUCCACAGUACCCGGAUAUGAAAGUACGGUCCUUUGCUGUUGAUUGUUUGAGAAUGAUGCCAACAGAUGAUCUCAUUGCAUUUAUACCUCAACUUAUACAGGCCUUGAAAUAUGAAAGCUAUCACAGUUCUCCAUUGGCUCGAUUAAUGCUGGAACAAUCAUGUAGAAGUGUUAGAUUUGCCCAUCAAUUCUUCUGGUUGUUGAAAGGAGCGACACAAGAUAGUCAGUAUAAGAGAAGAUAUGAGUUAAUGUUUGUAGCCCUUGUCAGUGUAGCAGGGGAGGCGUUAUAUCAGGAGUUUAUGAAACAAGAAGAGAUUGUCAAAGUACUUCAGACCACAGCUGAACGUGUACAGCAGGCUAAAGGCAGCGAGAAAGAGAAUACUCUGCGAAAAAAUUUGGAAAUCCUUUAUGAGAUAUAUGAGAACAAACACAAAGUAUUGCUUCCACAUAAUCCAGGCUAUGAGGUUUCAGGAAUUGAAAUGAAUUCGUGUUCAUUUUUCACCUCAAAUGCCGUCCCCUUGAAACUUGUGUUCAAGAAUGCUACAGAGAACGUUGGCCCAGUGUAUGCAAUGUUUAAGGUUGGUGACGACCUGCGGCAGGAUAUGAUGACCAUGCAGGUGGUUCAGAUAAUGGAUCACCUAUGGCUGAAGGAAGGACUUGAUCUAAAGAUGAUAACAUUCAGUUGCCUGCCAACAGGUCCAAGAAGAGGAUUCAUUGAAAUUAUAACUGAAUCAGACACCUUGCGAAAGAUCCAGGUAAUGUCAGGGGUCACAGGGUCGUUUAAGGAUCGUGUGAUCAAAGACUGGCUUCAGAAGCAUAACCCCACUGAAUUGGACUAUCAGAAGGCAGUAGAGAACUUCACACGAUCAUGUGCAGGUUAUUGUGUAGCCACAUAUGUGUUGGGAGUAUGUGACAGACACAAUGACAACAUAAUGGUAAAACAGACUGGUCAUCUCUUCCAUAUUGACUUCAACAAAAUACUUGGUGAUGCUCAAAUGUUUGGAAAUAUUAAAAGAGAUCGUGUGAAAUUUGUGCUGACGUCAGAUAUGGCAUAUGUAAUAAAUGAUGGUGAUCGACAGAGUGAUCGAUUCCAGCACUUCAUUGAUAUGUGUGUUCAAGCAUUUAACAUUUUACGUAAACAUGCCAACUUGUUUAUCAAUUUAUUUUCAUUGAUGUUACGUUCGGGUAUACCAGGUAUAACAGAGAAAGGUGUAGAGUUUGUUCAGAGGGCACUUUUACCCGGUCUCACUGAUACACAAGCUACAGCAAUGUUCACCAGGAUGAUUCAAGAGAGUCUAAGUGCCAAGUCUACACAGUUCAACUUCUUUAUACAUAAUUUGGCUCAAAUGAAAUUUUCUAGUCACAACGAGGGCGCUCUUCUCUCCUUUGUUCCAAAAGUUUAUAGCCAACAGACAGAUGGAAAAAUUAAAUAUGUUGAAGUGUUUGGUAUCCAGAAAAGAUACACUCCAGAGAAACAUUAUAUAUACACCUUAAAAAUUGAGCGGGAAAACCAAAGAGUGCCAACAUACAUCUUCCGAAUAUUUUCUGAAUUUGUUGAGUUUAGAAAUAAACUUGCAGCAGAGUUUCCUCUUGUAAAUUGGCCCCCACUUCAAGGGAGGAUUAGUUCAGCCCCUGUAGCAAACAUCCGCUUUAGAUGGGUUUUGUUAGGACGUAGUCAUAUAAAGGCUGUUGCAGAAAAUAGAAAAUCGGAGAUAGAAAGAUUUCUUCAAGAUCUGUUCAGUGCUUCGGGAGAAAUAGUUCAUUGUGAACUGGUGUACACAUUUUUCCAUCCAUUACUGAGAGAUGAACAAGAGGCUCAGAAAGAAAGACUUGCUCUACCAAAGCUUAGAGAGAAGAAACCAACAUCAUCAAAAACACCUACCACCCCAGAAAAUCCAAUAUUGGUGCAGUCACGGCAAGGUCAGGUGAAGCUGUCGCUGGAAUAUGUCAAAGACACUCUUCAUAUAAUGAUCAUGCAUGCAAAAGAUCUGCCAAUGGUUGGUUCUGAACUUCCUAGUCCCUAUGUGAAGACAUAUCUUCUACCAGACCCAGAUAAACAGACCAAGAGAAAAACAAAAGUUGUCAAGGAUUCCACCCAUCCGACUUACAAUGAAGUGAUUGAAUAUAGACUAUCACGGGACAUUGUAAGACAAAAGAUGUUACAAGUGACAAUCUGGGACUAUGAUGUAUUGAGGGAGAACCCCUUUCUUGGUGCAGUAUAUGUCAAACUUCGAGAUAUUGACUUUACCAAUACAGUAUCACAAUGGUAUAGACUGGAGAAAUUACAAAUUACAGACACAAACAUGUUGUAACUUGAACUGUUUGAGGACCAGUCUGAAAGAUCAAGCAUCUGAUUGGUUGAUUUGAAGCAAAAUUUUGAAAUUGACCAAUGGCAAAACUGGAUUCAUAGAUUAGUUAUUUGUUUUUACUACUGCUGGUGCCAGGUCCCAAAUUCUUCAAAGUUUUUAAAUUUGAAACUUAGACUUGAAAAUGACAACUUUUGUUUUUGCUCUGUAAGUGUUAUAUUUGCUUUGAUCAUAAUGAAACCUUGCACAAAUGUAUAUCUUACAACUGCAGAUAUUUUAGUGAAAUUUUAUCAUUACAAUGUAUAUGUUUUCUAUAAACAAAGUUCUGGUGAUUUGAAUUUUCAGUUCUCUAAAGUCUCUUUUAACAUUGAUGAAUAUGGGCCCUGGACUGGAUCUCAGCUUGAGAGAGAGAAUUGAAUUUCAACUUUGAAAUUUUGUUAGCUAGAAGAUAAGCUAGGUUACUUGAAGUAUGAAAAUAUGAAAAAGAGCAAGGUUGUAGUGAAUGUAUUUAAUAAGCUUGUGAGAGACUGUGAUUUAGUUGCAGAGUGCCAUAAAACAGUAGUUUACCAAAAAUGGUGUCAGGGCUGCAAAGUAGUUGUAGCUUACAGAUAUAUCAGUUACUAUCAGUUAAUGCCAUAUCAUCAUAGUAUAGACAUAAAAAAUGUCUUUUACUCACAUUUGAAUGACAGAAAAAGUACCAUAUCAGGUUUCUAUAAACAAGAAACUGCUUUAAUCAGGAAAAUUCCAUAUCAUUAUUCUUCAGAAAAAUGCCUUAAUUAGAAAACCAUAUUAUAUUAGUAUAAAUUGGGGAAAAGCCUCAUCACUAAAUCAUGGAUCCCAUAUUUGUUCAUUUUAGAUAAUAUACAUAUAUACAGAUUUGUCGUUUCAUAAAAACCAUACAUUUAACACAACAGAACUUAAAUUUUGUUUAAGUGUUAAUUUUUUUCCUAUUACUGGUAGAAAUUUUCAUAUUUAGAAAGAAAUGAUUUUAUCUGCAGUGGCACUGUUCCUUUGACACACAAGAAGAGUUUAAUUUGCAGCAUUUUCCUCACCAGUGAUGAUGGCACACAUACUUCAGGUGAAAAUGCAAAUAUUUCCUGUUUUUGUUUUACUUCUUAUUUUAUUAUGUAACCGUUCAUAAGAGAUCUUAGUGCAAUAAUAUAUUUCAGAAUUGUUUGCUACUGUCAGAGAAAUUGCUUUGGUACCAAAUACUGGGAAAUAUGCCUAUCUAGUACAGUAACUAUUACAUAUGCUAUAUUGUAAUAAUUUCAUGUUAGCAGUUUGCUAAACACCUAAGGAUAUUAAGCUCUUUGUUUUUAUUAAUGAAUAGUCUGUGAUAAAGUUAAUGAUAUUGUUUGCCUUUGAUAAGUUUAUUACCUGUUAUUGUGAGUCCCUUUUACAUUUGCCUAAUUUUGCAAUAACCAAACAAAAAUAAGCGCUAACUUUACAACUUAGAUUAAAUUUUGUAAAAAUAAUGUAUUUUUUACAAUGUAGUGAUAUUUACAAUUGGGAAUAUUUGUUUCAAAUGUUAACAGUUUUUUAUCACACAGAAGCACCUCCUCCCCACUAUUUAUUAGAGCUUGCUGACUUUCAAACAUGUGCCUCUUACCUCUGUUGGUUCAAGCUGUGCUUGGGCUGUCAUAUGCCCCAUGUGGUUCUGGGACGAUCUGUGUAUGAAAAGAAUUGGAACCACUGCCUUACCCUUGCAUGAUUGUAAGAGGCGACUAAUAGGGUCUUAACACUUGGGUUUUGCUGUAACUCUGUGAUUCCAGCAGGUAUGCAAAUUUUGAUUCCAUACCUCAUGUUUUUAUUUCGACGUAAAUGAGAUUUGAAACCAAAAUUUGUAGUCCUGUUUGGCGCCAUAUAACCUAUACUGUGUUGGUGCGCCGUAAAACCCAAAUGAAUAAAUAAAUAAAUAAAUAAUUUGGGCUGUCAUGUGAGGAAACCAUCAAACUGGCUUGCACAAAGUUGGUGGUUUUAUUUGGAAGCAUUAUGUGCUGCACAGAGGGACAUCUGUGGUCUUUCUCUACCAUUAAAACUGGCCAGCCCACUUAGCUAAAUAGGGAGAGCGCAUACCUAUGGAUUGCGGGGUUGAAAGUUCGAUCCCCGGGCAGAGCGUAUGUUCUCCGUGACGAUUUGAUAAAAGGGAUUGUGUCUAACAUCAUCAGUUCUCCACCUCUGAUUCAUGUGGGGAAGUUGGCAGUUAGGUUUGUAAUACUACAGAUUCCAGGCACACCAUUUAAGUAUUCUGCCAGCUGUUACAUAACUGAAAGACUGUUAAAAAAAAUGGUGUUAAACCUAAAACAAAGGUACUACCAUUAAAAUAGGAAAGUUACUGUAUGGGCUGACCUUCCCUGGUGUGACUUUAAACCAAACCAAACAAAACAAAACUUACAAAUGAAUUGGUAAGAGCUUUAUUUUAGAAUUCAUUUUAAUCAGUUGAUUUUUAUGUCUUGUAUAGAAAUUAAAGUUAAUUACCUAGCAGUAAAAACAAAGAAAAUCAGGCAUUCAGCAGGGCCCUACUUUUCCUACAUAUUUCUAUGAAGCGUUACAAUAUAAAUGGCAUUUGUAACCCCAACUUUUUAUAUAAAAUACCUUUAAGGGAAAAAUUGCUAAAACCCUUAUAACUAACCUAAUCAGUGUCUCUAGGAUUGUGUUUCUCUGUAAUCAUUUUGUUUUUACAAGGAAAAGUAGAAUAUUGAGAAACAGCUAUAUCCCCAGCUGCUGUCUUUUGAUGGAAGGGAGAUAACUAAGUCAACUUACAUUAUUCUCCUGCCGUUCGAACUAAUCGCCGUCUAUCAAUAUCAUUUAACUCCAUUCAGUAGUUACAAAGUUAUUGAACAGACAAAUAUCUUGGGACUUUGGUACAAAAAGGAAACAGACAUAUAGUUAGCAUUUCUUCAUCCUCCUCCAGUAUUUGCUGUUAAAAUAAAAAUUAAGGCAAAAGUGGGAUGUUAAUGCAAGAUUUCUUUAACCUUUACCCUGCUAGCGGCAGGUGAAUCUGCCUUUGCAGCCAGUGCAGACCAAGAUCAGCCUGCACAUCCGUGCAGUCUCAUCUUGUUCUGUGCUGUUUGCUAUUCAGUCAGUAAAUUUUCAGCAAACACCUUUUGAAUAAUAUUAAAUAAAUGAUACUCUCCAAACUGAAUGAUAGACCAGUCCAUUAUAGAAAUUUAGCAGGGUAAGGUUUAAAAUAGCUUAAAAACCUACUUCUUCCCUACUUUUGUGUACCAGAAAGCUCAAUAAUUCCCUUUUUCAUUUUACAUGUUUCUUUCUAUUUUUUUAGGGGAGUUGAAAGUCUAGAUUAUAUGAGUAUGCGUUUACUAUAACGACAAAUGUGAUAUAUUUGUUGCUUUUACAAAUAGGACACAAAGUUUAAUAAUAUUAUAUGUACAUUUGAACCAUGCCAUGAGAAAACCAACAUAGUGCAUUUGCAACCAGCAUGGAUCCAGACCAGCCUGCGCGUCCGCACAGUCUGGUCAGGAUCCAUGCUGUUCGCUAACAGAUUCUCUAAUUACAGUAGGCUUUUAAAGUGAACUGCAUGGAACCUGACCAGACUGCGUGGAUGCGCAGGCUGGUCUGGAUCCAUGCUGGUCGCAAAUGCACUAUGUUGGUUUUUUCUUGGCGUGGCUCAUAUGUACAUUUUAUUACAAAUAUGUAGAAUAGAUUUUGUACACUUUACCUAGUAUUUAGUUAGAAUUAUUAUUGUCGAAGACAUACUGAUUUUUGCAAUUUGGUAAGAUUUGCUAGUACAUGCAUCUAUACAAGCACUAUAGUGUGUGUAUAAAAAAGUACAUAGCAUUCAAUGUUUCGUAUUCCAAGAUUUUUUCUUCUUGCCAAGUAUAGUUCGUUAAUGAAACAUUGAAUAUACCAUCAAGAUCUUCCAGGCAGGUGUACAUAAACAUAGAUUGCUUUUAUUGAUUCGUUAUAUUUUUAUUGAUAUUGUUGCAGAUUUUAGUGAGACUAAAGAAUUUGAAUGUUAAAAAUCAGUCAAAAAAGUUAUGUACUCCAUUCGCUAAACAGUGCAAAAGGUCAUGUCACAGUUUUAUUCAGGCUUUAUAUAACAGUUUCAAAUGUAAUGGAGGUCAUAUUUAAAUAACAAAUUGUAAAAAAUGUAUUUUAGUUCACAUUAUAAUUACAAAGUGUAAGACAUGUAACUUUGGUUAACAUUAUAAAAACAAAAGAAAUAUACCUAAGUGAACAUUCUAGUUAUAAAGUGAAAGAAAGAUUAUUUCAUUUUACACUUUUAUUACAAGAGAAAAUUAAUUUUGAUAAACAUUGUUCUUAAAAGAAAGAAGAAAUGUCAUUUAGGUUUACCUGACAAUAACAUAUUGCCAGAAAGGUAAUAUUAGUUUAUGGUAUCAUUACAAAAAAAAUAAUGAGAUAUGUAAGAAUUAAAAGAUAUGUCUUUUUCAACUGAAUCUAUAACCAUUAGCCUGCUGGCGGCAAGUGAUUCUGCCUUUGCGACCAUUGCAGACCAAGAUCAGCCUGCACGUCUGUGCAGGCUGAUCAUGGUCUGCACUUUUCACUAUUCAGUCAGUAAAUUUUCAGUGAACACGCCUUCGAAUAAUAAAUGGUGUUGCCAAAUUGAAUGAUGGACCAGUCAAUUUUAGAAAUUUAGCAGACUGACCGUUAAGUAGGAAUUAUUGACAUAAUCAAGAGGUUAUGUCAAAGUGGUCCAUUGUGGUAAAAUAUAUAUGGUCACACACUACAUGUUGACAUUUUUGACAACAUAUUGUAAUGACAUUAAGCUAUUUAAAAAACUUGUUUAUUUCUCUUAAAGAAUGUACACCUAUAUGUAUACAUUUUGAAAUAUCUCUUUUUAGCUCACCUGUCACGUAGUGACAGGGUGAGCUUUUGUGAUCAUUCUUCGUCUGUCAGUCCGUCCAUCCGUUGUCCGUCCACAAUUUCCUUGUGAACACGAUAGAGACCACAUUUUGUAUUUGAUUUUAAACUUGCACACAACUUGUAUGGGCAUAAUAUCUCAGUUCCUUUCGAAACUGGCCAGAUCCCAUCAUGGGUUCCAGAGUUAUGGCCCCUCAGAGGGCCAAAAUUUGCUAUUUUUGGCUUGUGAACACGAUAGAGACAACAUUUUGCAAUCAACUUUAAUCAAACUUGCACACAACUUGUAUUGGCAUAAUAUCUCAGUUCCUUUCGAAAACUGGCCAAAUUCCUUCAUGGGUUCCAGAGUUAUGGCCCCUUAGAGGACCAAAAUUUGCCAUUUUUGGCUUGUGAACAUGAUAGAGACCACAUUUUGCAAUCAACUUCAAUAACACUUGCACACAACUUGUAUUGGCAUAAUAUCUCAGUUCCUUUCGAAAACUGGCCAGAUCCCAUCAUGGGUUUCAGAGUUAUGGCCCCGUAAAGGGCCAAAAAUUGCUAUUUUUGGCUUGUGAACACGAUAGAGACAACAUUUUGCAAUCAACUUUAAUGAAACUUGCACACAACUUGUAUUGGCAUAAUAUCUCGGUUCCUUUCGAAAACUGGCCAGGUCCCGUCAUGGGUUCCAGAGUAAUGGCCCCUUAAAGGUCCAAAAUUUGCUAUUUUGGCUUUUGCAGUCAUAUAGAGACUUCAUUUAUGGUUUGAUUUGAUACAAACUUGCAGAAUAUCUUCAACAACAAUAAAUCUUGGAUUCCAUGAUGAAUCUGUCAGAUCCACUCAUAGGUUCUGGAGUUAUUUUAUAUGUGAUUACCUCCCCUGAUUUUAAUCAAAAUGGAUUUAUAUCAGUAAGUACGUACAGGACUCAUUUGAAAUUUCAUUAUUGUCAUUAGUUGGACUCUGGGUAGAUAACUAUGGACUGAUUUAUGUCAAACUACCUCCCUUUGUUUCAAAUUAAAAUGGGUGAAUCUCAGUAACCAAUGAAGAUACUGAUUUGAAAUGUCAUUUAUACCAUCAGAUGGACUCAGACAAGCAGGGUAGAUAACUUUUGACUGAAUUUAUGACAUAUUACCUCCCUUUAUUUUAUGUAAAUGAAUAUACCUCAGCAGCAUCUAAUGAGAUUGGUUUUAAAUGUUAUUUAAAUCUUGCAGGGUAAGGAAUAGUCAUGCUAGUACAAAAAUGCAGUAUUUGAGCCUAGGACCCUCAAACUUAGUAUGGAGAUUGGCCCUGACUGGUACGUAACCCAUAGGUCAAAAGGGACUGUUACAAGUAAAUAUUUAUCCUGAUGAUAUUUAAAGUGUAUGCCUAUGUGAUCUAUGUCAAAAUUUGAUCUUAUCAUUAAGGGCAAUGGUACUCAGGUGAGCGAUAUAGGGCCAUCAUGGCCCUCUUGUUAUAAAUCUCUUGCAUGCUAAGGCCUAAAAGAAAAAAUUCUUUGUUUCCGGUAACAUGCUAAAAAAAAUUAGGGUUGGUAGGUCGGAAUUAUUAUUAUUUUUAUUUUUUUUUUUUGAUUAUUUUCAUUAAGGGAGACUUCUCAGAAAUUAUUCUUGUGUCAAAAAAUGAAUACAAACAAGGGGGUUAUGCCUUCAGAGCAUCAGUUAGUUGAUUUCUAACAUCAUUGGGCAGGUUUAAAGCAUAAAAAGUGCUGUUUUGCAACUUUUUGUCAAAAAGUUGAAAAAAAUAUUUUCCAAGGCCAUAAAAAACAUUUAGGGUCGGGCCAAAAAUUUAGGGAAGGUCAGGAUACCGGAAACAAACAAUUUUUUUUUUUACGCCAAAUGGCUUCAUUAUUUAUGUGAUCUUUUCAAACUUGGGUCAUAUUAUACUUGUAUAGCAUUCAUGAAUUGUUAAUGAGCACACAAAAAUGUACAGUUUAAUGUUGUGUUUCAUAGAGCAAUAUUAGAUAUUUUAUUUUUAAAACUGUACUUAUUUAUUCAGUCAUUAAUACUGUCUUUACAGAAUAAUCAUCUGUGAUAUCCAUAUCCUUUCAAAUAAAAGGAAUUUCAAUGUCA